AUGGAGUUAGCCUAUACAUGUUGGGGCAUCAUUUUACACAUACUGGUGGUUCCUUUUGCCGUACUGAUAGCUUGGGCCAUUUAUUAUGAUCUCUCCAAGUCAGAGAUCCCUCCUGGAAUUGACCAACCUAUGAAGCUCCGUCUCCUUCAUUGGAUCAUGAUUAUUUCAUCUUCUCUGGGAAAGAUUCUGGAGAAUCUAUGCCUCUGCACUGAAAUUCACUUCGUCCGCUACACACAAGAAGGCAAGAAACGAGGGGAGGACCCUAAACUCAUCAUCCAGGACCUCACAUUUGAUGACAUCCCUGUGAGGGUUUAUCAGCCAAGAGGACCCAAGACAGAGCAAAGGAGGAGAGGCGUCAUCUUUUUCCAUGGGGGAGGCUGGAUGUUUGGCAGUAUCAAUUCCUACGAUCAUGUGUGCCGCUACAUUGCCAAAGAAAGUGAUUCAGUGCUUGUGUCUGUUGGGUAUCAUUUGGCACCCGAGCAGAAAUAUCCAUCACAGUUUAAGGAUUGCCUGGCUGCCAGCAUACAUUUUAUGAAGACUGCUGAAGAUUACGGAGUGGAUCCCGCCAGCAUUAUCAUCAGCGGGGACAGUGUCGGAGGCAAUUUUGCGGCCUCUGUUUGCCAAGCCCUGGUGAGCAGAUCUGACCUCACCCCUCCAUGUGCCCAGAUCUUGAUAUAUCCCGGUCUCCAAGCCAUAGACUUCAACCUGCCUUCUUACCAACAAAACCGGGCAGUCCCCAUCUUGUACCGGGAGCAUGUGGUUGGCUCUGCCUUGCAGUAUCUCAAUAAGGAUUUGUCGGUGUUAGACAGUGUGAUGCAAGGGUGCCACGUUCCUAGUGAUGUCAAAAGGAAGUUUGGGAAGUGGAUCAACUCGGAGAACAUCCCAAGCGAGUUUAAGGCCAGAGGCUACACACCGCCUUUGACCUCUUCCUUCGCGGAUGACGUCUACGAGGUGGUGAAGCAAGCUUUGGAGCCAACCUUCUCUCCGCUUAUGGCCGAAGAGACCAUUGUUAGCCAGCUCCCCAAGACUUGCAUUCUAACCUGUGAGUACGAUGUCUUAAGAGAUGAUGGCAUCCUCUACAAGAAACGGCUGGAGGACAACGGGGUGCCCGUCACGUGGUGCCACAUUGAGGAUGGGUUCCAUGGGGUGAUAUGUCUGUUUGAUGGCUUUUUGGCCUUUCCUUCUGGCAAAAAGGGAGUGGACAGCAUUGUAAGGUUCCUAAAGGACUUGUAAAGAUGGUUUUGACUAAAUUCUAUAUGUGUUCCUUGGUUCAUACUUAAAAACAUGAUUUUAACAUGGUUUUAUUUACUUUAAAAGAGGGACCAUAGCUCUGAGGUAGAGCUAACACUUUGCUUGUAUAAAGUUCCAAGAAAGCAUGGAAUUUAGCCAUCAGAAAGGUAUAAUGGUAGUAAUGAGACCAAGCUCUCAAAGGGAGCCAGUGCAGUGGUCAGAGCAUCAUAAGAACAGCCCUGCUGGAUCAAGCUCAAGG